CUUAAUGGAGGCUCUUUCUACGCCCUUAAACCAAGACAGCUUUGAUCUACACCUCGCUUGUUAUACACUUGAGAGGUCAGUGAGAAGAGACAUAUUUCGACAAGUCGUCACCACAACGUUAUUUGCAUCUCUUUGAGACUCGAAGUCCUGUCACCCAUUUGCUUUUCCUCACUCUGCUACCAAAAGACUAUUUACUUUGAUUCCGAUAGUGUUUGCCCCGCUACCCCCGCUUUUCCAGAUGGACAUCGAUCUGAGCAGAAGGAAUAAAAAGCCCCGCCCUUUGCUAGAAUCUGAACGGGAGAGACUAGAGGAGUUCAUUGAUUCUAUCCAUUAUUCAGCUAGAUACUCAGAUGACCAAUUCGAAUACCGCCAUGUCCAACUUCCCAAAAACAUGCUCAAGAAAAUCCCUGCAGACUAUUUUGACAGUUCAAAGGGAACGCUAAAACUACUGUGGGAGGAUGAAUGGCGAGCACUUGGUAUCACUCAAAGCUUGGGUUGGGAACAUUAUGAAGUGCACGAGCCAGAACCACAUAUUCUUCUAUUUAAGCGCCCCUUAAACUAUCAGCCGCCAGUAUCACAGUAACUCGUCAGCUGGAACAUUCCUGAUGCCAACCUUGCCCCCGUCGCCUCAGAAACACCAAUACGAUUUUCGAAGACUACAGUCACUGAUAGUCUACAGUCACUGAUAGUGGAGCUACGCAUGCAAGAAGGCCCAUAUGAUUAGAUUGCAUUCAGAAAUCUCAUCCUGUUGAGAUAUGCUCCUUGCUACCAAAGAAUGCCCACAAUUAUCAUCUGAACUUGAAUACCUCCUGUUAUCAUACCACUCUCUUUUAGAGCACAAUUCCUACGCUACAUUCAUGGCCAGCCAUUGCUCCCAUUGUGUGGCCGUGAAGCUGCUGCUGAUACCUGGUUCCUCGACGCC